AUGAAUUUCGCACGCGGGGGGGGGGGGGGGGGGGGGGGGGGGGAAGCUCAGGUGAACUUGGUGUUACGCGAUUUGGGCGACAAUACUUUAAAUUGCACGUUAUGGGAAGCCUAUGUAAUGGAGUUCUUAGAGUACCAACAAAAACAGGUUGAUACCACCAAACCAACAGUUAUGAUUCUCAGAUAUGCUAAAGUGAAGGAACAAGGUAAAUUUCCAAUUGCGGUGACAAACACCUACAACGUCACAAAACUACAAAUCAACAAAGACAUAAUCAACAUCAAUGAUUUUGUAAAAUGGUUGCCAAAGGUUUCUAGCACUAGGAAGUCAUUGACCACCACAAGCACCAAUAUCCGAGGGUGGUCACAACAAUCUUCCAGCUCUCAUAUGUCUAUCACUGAGAAGUUUUUAGAUAAAUCUAUUCAAAUUAAACUUAAUCAGAUAAUCCAAUUGGUCGAGGCUAGAAUAACAGACCCACUUGAGUUUCCACUUGCCCUUGAUGCAAUGUUGGGCAAAAAGUUUGCGUUCAAGGAAGGUGAAAUUACAUCUCCCCACAAUCCUGAUCCUGCUACACCAAAAGUUAAUGUGAAGAAGAUGUCUCCAGACCAUCCUAUCGAUUAUUCUGUGAACCAUAUUAUCGAAGGGGAUCUAUCUUCAACUAAAGUGAAGAAAGUUACCAAACGAGAAAAGAAAUCCACCAUAUGA